AUGAAAAGUUGUGUGGAGCAAAUCAGGGUUGUCUUAUUGGUCCCAAUCUUGAAAAUCAUCAAAACUGUGGCCUUAAAAGUGAAGAGAUCCGAGACAGGUAGAAAUGCCAAAGCAUUGCUCUGUGACAAAGAAAGCAAAUCAGUAACCUUCAGGAGAUAUUUUUCACCAGUGAAUGGCUCAAGGAUGACCAAAAGCUAG